AUGAUUAAAAAAUUUUAUUGUUUUAUUUUUUUAUUAUUUUUUUUUAAACUUUCAAAAUCAGCAAUACCCCAAGCUGAAUAUGAUUGUUAUAAGAGCUUUGUCGAAAAAUUUGGAUUAAAAAUUAAUUAUCCAAGUACAAAUGGGGUUUACCCAGACAGCUCAUUUUGUCCAUAUUCCAAUUGCCAUAGCAAUGGAUCUAUUAGUAUAUUUUCAGGCAAAGUAGGUAACGGUGAAAAUCCUACAGACGGCGAAACAGUAUCGGUUAAUGAUCUUUUGUGUUUCCCAUAUAUAACUCAGAUUUAUUUAGAAAAAAUAGAACCAUCUGAGGAGCUUAUUUACUAUAAAUUCCCAACAGUUGUAAAAGUAUUCUAUAUCUAUAAUAAUUUAAAACAAUUUACACAAAAAUUACCAGAACUAAACUCUUUCUAUAUUGAAACUAAUGGACCUAUAACCAAUAUAAAGAUGUCUUAUUUAAAUGAUAUAAGGUCUUUUACAUUCUAUAGUACUAUGAGAUAUCCAACCCUCGAGGUUGAUAGCGGGGCAGAUAAAAAAAAUUUAAGGACAUUAAUAGUAAAUGCAGGAAAUUUACCAGAUUUUAGGGAUUAUCAAUUUGAUAGCGUUAGACUUUCUUUUAGUUCUCUCAAUCCAUCUGAUAUCCUUACAAAUUUCCAAUAUUUAAAUUCUACAGAUGUUCAAUUUUCAUUUAAAUCAACAAUUCCUUUUUAUCUUCACUUAAACUCUUAUAUUAAAACCAUGUAUCAUUAUUUUGGUGACUUUGAAUCAACAACUCAAUUCUACGAUAUGUCAAAUCUUGUCAAUUAUCAAUCUAUCAAAAUGAGCUUAGUUGGUAAUGUAACCCUUUAUCAAAAUAAAAUUCCAUUUAAAGUUAGCCCAACCACAAAUCUUGCAUUUUCAAUGACCCCAUUUAAUACAUUACCAAUCUCCGCCGAACUACCCCCAGUUACUGAUGUUGGCUAUUUAAAAACUGCAAGCUAUACAGAUGGCUACCUAUCAGGAGAUUUACCAGAAUAUAAUGGCCAAGGUUCAGCAUAUUUUUAUGACAAUAACAAAUUAACGGGUACUAUACCUGAGUCAUGGUGCGGUACUGUUUUAUCUGUUGCUAAAAAUAAAUUAACGGGUUCUAUUCCAUCAUGUUUUACUUGUUAUUUUAAGAGUAACACUGGCUUUGGUGAUAUUUCUCGACCAGAAAAUAUUAUAAGUACCCAAAACUUUAUGUUUGAUAGAUUUGCAGGUAAUAGUUUUUCAAACUAUGAUAAGAAUAUUCCAUGUACAACUUAUAAACCACAAGUUAAAUACCAUAAUCAAACAACUAUUAUACUUAGCGGUAUUGAUAUUGGUCAUCAACUUAACCAUUAUUUUCUAUUUGGGCCAGGUGACUUUAACAGUAUGUGUAAGACUGUUCCACAGGCAGUUAUUAGAUUUGGUUAUGAAUAUUAUUGUAAUCAACCCAUGAGUCUUCAAAAAAAAGAAUUCAUCACAUUAUAUAAUAUCGGUAAUAAUAUUGACUAUACUUUUUCUUUAGUAAGUAAACCACCAACUUUUACAUCAAUUAUUACAGCUGAAAAUAAUAAGGUAAAUGCAAUUGGUACAUUCUUCUCGAGUUAUUUAGGUCAAUCAGAACAAACUAUAACUAUUGCAGGCACAGAUUGUCAAGUAACUAACACUGCAUUCACCGGCUUUACUUGCAUCACAUCAGUCACACUAUCAUCAGAAAAACAACUAGUUGUAAUAAAAAAUGAUAAUCAAACUAAAAAAGUAUUUGCAGUUUUCGAAAAUAAUAGACUCAAUAAUAAACAAUGUCCAAAUGAUUGUGAAGGCUCACCAUCAGGAGAUAUUUGCGAUUUAAGCACUGGUACUUGUGUAGGUUGUCCAAACGAUUGUAGUGGCCAUGGUUUUUGUAACGAAUCAAAAGGCAAAUGUGAUUGUAAUACCAAUUAUAUAGGUUUAGACUGUUCAGAAUUAUACAUAGAAUGUCCAAAUGAUUGCAGUUCACACGGUCAAUGCAACACAAAUACUGGGAUUUGUCAAUGUAACACCAACUAUAUUCAAGAUGACUGCUCAGAAUUAUACAUCCCAUGUCCAAACAAUUGCAGCUCACACGGUCAAUGUAACACUAAUACUGGUAUUUGUAAAUGUGAUGACAAUUAUAUUCAAGAUGAUUGUUCAGAAUUAUUUAUCGAAUGUACAGAUCCAACAUGUUCAUCUCAAGGUCAUUGUGAUACAUCAAAUGGCAUUUGUAAUUGUGAUAAUGGAUUCGGUGGUGACAAAUGUGAGUUCAGUCAACACUAUAUUACAUCAGUUAACCCAUCAAAUGAAAAUGGUGGUGAAGCAAGCUUCUAUGGUAGUUUCGGUGAACAACACAACCAAUUAUCAGUUAUAAUCGGAUCAAAAACAUGUCCAGUUACACACUCUUCAAACGAUUUAAUUAAUUGCACAGCACCACCAGGUAAAGGUAUUCACAGUGUAAAUAUCACUCAAAACAAUAUUGUUUAUAUUGGUAAAGAUAUUUACAUUUAUUCAAAAGUACCACAAAACAUAUUCGAAUGUCCAAAGAACUGUUCAUCACAUGGUAAAUGUAAUACAUCAAAUGGUAAAUGUGAAUGUUAUUUAGGAUAUACAUCAUUUGAUUGUGGAUCAAUGCUCGGAGGAGGAGAUAAAGAUAAUACAACCAAACCAACUGGACCACCAACAUCAAAUGUAGAUAACAGCACAGGUAUUGUAGAUAUUCAAAAUGAGAAAAUCAACUUUAAAAUCUAUCUCAAAUCAUUAAAUGAAAUAGAUAUUAAUAAUAAAAUUGUCAAGAGUUAUCCAUUAGUAUCAGAUUGGACAGUAAACAAAACACAAUCAAACAUUUAUACAUUCGAACAAUCACCAAACAAAGAUGAAUUCAAAGUUAUAUCAACAAUCGAACAAAUUGAAAACGAUAAAUCAGUUUCAUUUGCAGGAAUCGACUUUUUACUCACCAACAACUCAAUUAAAUUCACAGUUUCAAUUAAAAACUAUAAAUACCAAUCAUUCUUAAACACACUUCAACUUGAAAUGCAAUCAAACACAACCGAAUUAACCAAUGAUGAUUGCAACAGUAAAGAAACUCAAUUAGACACUGAAAAUCUCAAACAUCAAUAUGAUCUCAGUUAUAUUAAACUUUCAAAGAAUAAUGUCGAUUUUGUAGGUAGAUUCGUCAACAAAGUAGUAUCAGACUCGAAACCAACAUUCUUAACAACAUCAUACACCAAACUCAACGACUCAGUAACUAUCACAUUACACUUACCACAUUGUGUCAAUGAAUGUUUAAUCGAUCCAGAUUUUUCAGUUUUACUAUCAUCAGACUUCUCAGAUUGCAAAUCACCAAAACAAAAUAUCAAAUGGCAAAUACCAGUUGGUGUUGUUGUUGGUGUUGUUGGUGCCUCUUGUCUUGGUAUCCUUUUCUAUAAAAGAAAAUCAAUUGUGGUAAAUGGUCAAAAACUAAAAAUGAACCCCGCUAAUAAAAAACUUUAA